GACAUGCAGGGGAAGGGUUUGCAUUUCGGGGGAAAGACGCAUCUCUGAUACUGUCCAGAGCAGCUGAGAAGGAUCCCAUUGCGGCGGGGGGAGAAAGACGCAGUUCGGGCGCAUACGCUCCGGAGGUGGGACAGUCGAAAUGAUGCGUGGGUGGUGCAGCGUCGAGCCGUAUUGAUGGAUGUGUUAACAGACAGCAGUCUCACAUUGAUUGUGAAGACUUCAGAACCAGAAAAUGCAGAUGUAGUGGAGGACACAGGGUUAUGUGAGCAGAAUGAUCUGAGUCUGUGCAGGCUCGUCAAUGCUGCCCUCCCUCCGCCUUCACCCCCUCCUGCUGCACAGACUUCCCAGCGGGCCAGCCCAACACAUCAGAGGACAAGUCCUGCAUCGCCAGCUCUCCCCAUGCCCCUCAGCCCCAGUCCCUCUCGAGGCAUCACAGUGGCCCCCUGCCCACCGUCCGACGACAGCCCCGUAGUUCCCCACCUUCGCCAUGCUCCCACUCCCACUCCUGCAUCACUCCCUACCCCAGCAGUGAGCUCCUGGGGCCCCGCAGCAGAGCCUCAGAAAACAUCCCUUCCACUGGCGGUCGCCCUCCCUCUGUCGUCUGCGAUGAUGGAGCCCGGCACGGUGUCCGCCCUGACGGAGGAGUGUCUUCUCCAGCCUACCCGCACCUGCCUCGGCUGCUUCAUUGAAACGCGCGAUGCCACAGACCCUAGCUCCAUCCAGAACCCGCCCCACGAUCCUAACGCCAACCCUGACACCGAGACUGCACUAAGUGUGAGGAUAGGUGACGUGAGCCGAGAAGACUUCUCGGAUAUCAACAACAUCAGCAUCCAGUGCCUGAGCCAUGCCGGAGAGACAGUGAGUCACUACGGAGAGCAGCUCCUCUCUGACCAGCUGCUUAACUUUCCUCUGCCAAAAGCCCCGAGUGAGGGCAAGAGAGUGGAUGAAAACAAAACAACGGAAGACUGUGAGGACCCGGAAGACGAUGCAACAGCUAAGAACUUGUAUGAAGGACUGUUACUGGACAAAGUUAGUGGGGAAGAGGUUCUGUUAGCUAAUGCUGGGCAGGACUGGGGAUACUUUGAGUCUUUUAUCAGUGAGAGUAAGAUGGAGCUGCUGGACUUGUGUUCGAAGAAUGAACUGUCUGUCAAUCUCUUCUCUGAGGAGGAUGUGGACAAUCUCUUUGACGAUGAAGAUGACGAUUCGACAUUAAGCAGCGACGUCUGUUCACUGAAGAUUCGCUACGAGUCUUUCCAGGACAAUAUGAGGGAAAAGACAAAUGUGCUCCAAGAGGAGACACAGUUCAACUUUUUUCCCAGUGUCCUGGCCAACUGUGCCAAGAAAGAGGAUGGAGUGACAGUCUUGAGGAGGAGUGGCGAGGAGCUUCAGUCCAAAGCUGAUGAGCUUAUUUUGGAAACAGUACAAGAAGGAAAAGCAGGGGACUGUAGUGGAAGGAGCCCACUUGACGGCUCCCAAGGCUCACCCAUGUCCACUCCCAAAGUCAACUACUUAAUGGACUUCAAUUCUACAGAGGAGUCUGGGGAAUUCAGCGACGACAGCUCCUGCACGGGCUCCUCCUCAGACACGCUGCAGGAGGGCAAGUUUAAAAAGGCCCACUCGAAGAGAUUUCUCAGCCCCUCCAACCCACUAAACUACGGUUUGCGCUCCAAGAGAAAAGUUCGAUACAGCGAUGAUUACCUGUACGAUGUCGACUCGCUUGAGAGUGAGAAGAACGCUGAGAAAAAAGAGAAAGCUCCCACUGGUCAGAAAGAGGAGGAGGAUGUGGACUGGUGCCCCAAAAAGCGACGGAAAUCUUGCCGUAAAGAGCCUCCCGUGGUCAUCAAGUACAUCAUCAUCAACAGGUUUAAAGGAGAGAGGCUCAUGUCAGUGAAACUGGGAAAGCUGGACCCCGUGGAUGCAACUGUGAGCUUAAAUGCCGACACAGUAAGCAAAUAUGAGACACUGGCUCCUCUGAAGGAUUUCUGGCAGGAGAAGCAAAGAGAGAGACAGGAACAGCUUAAGCUGGCUGCCAGAGAUAAACAACAACGCGGUUUUCAUCUAAACGGACGCCAUCAUCGCCCUUUCAAUUCCAGUCAUCCCAAAAGGAAAUACAAGAUUGCAAACAGGCUUAAGGUUCAGAGGAUUCACACUGUGGAGCAAUCAGCAACAGCACAGGGCUCCCCUCUCUCUGAUCAGGGCCAGGGAGGUGUCACUAAAGAGGAGGCCACCCCCACGGUAGGAGGAAUAAUAGCAGCCCCAGGUCUCCCAGUCACAUUAGACACAAACUCCAUCACGCACACAGUCACAGCCAAGAGCCGCACACAGGAGAGGGAGGAGAGGGAGGGGAGGAGAUUGGGAGGAAAUAAAACAGUCAGGAUAAGGAAAUUCAAAAGCGAAGCCAGGCUGAGGAGCAAGAAAAUGAAAGAGGCAGAAGGAGAGGAGGGAAGGAGCGUGACAAAUGAAACGGAUGCCUGUGUCACUGCGGCACAGAUUGAGGACCCCACCGCUGGGUUAGAACAGGCAGGCAGCAGCUCAACUACAGUCAAACCCCAUUUCUCUGACAGUACCACCACCACUCAUGCAUCUGAGGAGAAAUUCCCCUUUGUUUCAUCCACCUGCUCCCCUGACAAAGCUCCAUCCUCAGAGGAGGUAGAGACGGGUGUCCCUGUCAUCCCGGGGGGCUACCUGCAGACCCUGUUAGAUGCCACCGACUCCUCUGGUGGAGCAGCCAUCUCUUAUUUCCCCCAGCAGUCUUCUCGGCAGCAGUACUCUCUGGGGUUGUCCCUGGAGGAGAAGCAGUUUUCUUCUCUGCAGCUUGCCCAAAGCUGUGUCCUCUCUCCACCCUCGGAAUCCGAGCUCCAGCAGUCUCCCCAGAACUGCCCCAGCUUCCCCCAGAUGUGGCACCCACAGCUAUGUGCGAGUCACAGCCAGAGUUUCGGCCCCGAGACCCCCGAGACUCCCAUCUUGCCCAACAGCUUCCCAGCUGCCGUACCCUUGAAUGACAACAUGCCAGUGUCUAACUACAGCCAGCUGAGCCCCGAGGCUGACAGGCUGCUUUAUGAGAAGAGCUACCUGGCUGAGGCUGGGCUGCAGCCCGGGGCAGAUCUGCAAGUGUGUCAGUCUGCCUGUGUGGAGGGCCAGGUGCAAUACCAGAGAGGGUCCCUGUGCACAGACAAUGGCAGGCUCAUCAGCUAUGACUCAGUGGGCUCUCUGUCAGCCUCCUCCAGCAAUUACAGCUCCCUCAGCCUCAAGUCUUGUGAACGAGAGGGUGAGGAGGAGGGCCGAGACAGCUUCUUGGCUCAUUGCAGCCCUAAAGUGGUGAUUCAGCAGAGUGUGGAUGCCCUUACCCCUCUCAGGGAGUCCUCAGACCUGCUGGAUAUCUCGAACUUCACUCCUGACAAGUUUAGACACUCAUCACUGUCAGAACUUUCCCCUCCCGAGACCCCCAACCUGUCCCCUCAGGUCGUGGGGCGAGACAUGAAGAUGGCGGGGAAUGUUGGAGAAUAUCAGGACGCGAAUGACAUGAGCAUGGACUGCAAUAGGGAGGUAAAGUGGAACUGUGACGUUAUACAGCAGCAGGAGCACACAACAAAUGCAUACCCGGUGGAAGACGGCCAGUUUCCUCGGCACAACUUCAACAGUCAGGAUGUUCUCGGUUUGGAUAAAAAGGAGCUGGGAGCGACUGAGUUUGACGAACCGACCGGUGAGCUGUUGGGUGGUGCUAAAAGCAUAAAGUCAAAGAGGAAAGGGAAUUGCAAACAGGCAGCUGCAGGACAGAGCCCAAAGAAAGUACGUGCUCCAAGAGCUCCCAAGUCAGAAAAGGUCAAGACCCCCAAACAGAACUCACGCUCCACCAAAAAGAUAAAGGCCAUGCUAGAGGGUAAGGCCGCAAAGAAUCAGGAAGGUGGUUGCGCCACAGGCCUGACUGACAGUAGCAGCACCGGGGAGUGGGCUGGCUCCGGCUGGUCAGAGAGCAACAGCCUGGUGGGGGACGACCAGAGAGAAUUCGAGGAGCCCUCCAAUAUCCUGUCCAACAUUGUCUCCGGCAUGGCGGAGGUCCAAAGGUUCAUGAUGGCCUCCAUUGAGCCUCUGUGGAACCCCAUGUCUGAGGCCUGCAUGCCCUCCGAGGCCAACAGCCUCAACCUAAAGACCCUGAAAAUCUUGGCAGGAACAGAAGCCGACCUGAAGAAAAAAGGAUCCGCGUUAACCGGGGCCGGGAGAGGCAGAAAGGCAGGGGGAAAGGGAGGAAAAAACCAGGCCAAAUUCAACCCCUCUCACCCCUUAUUCCCCCAACUAGCUCUGGGCUGCAACAUGUUUGAUAAACCCAACUUUAUUAAUCCUGGGCCUGCACACAAAAAGCUGUACCGCCACAAGACCAGUGCAAAGUUCCCUCGGAUUGAGACACUGAAGGGAAAGCGAGCUGAGAGAGACCCAAAUAAGGACAUAGCACUGAUGACCUCUUUUGAGAAACUGAGGUAAUAUUUUGUUAUCAGCUGCUGUCGUACCCCUUCCCCGCCACUUUCCCCUCACUACCUGCUCAGCCCUCCCUCCCAGACAUACCUACACUGACGCUAUGCCAGAGCUGCAUGAGUACUACGUUUCCCCUGACUCCCCCCCCCCCCCCCCCCCACACUUCCUUUUAACCCCCUGAAGAGGAAAUUAAUAUCUGCAUGAAAAACUUCUUGUACUUUGCAAACUACCUAUUGAGUGAUUGUGUCAAGCUUGAUUGAGAUUUGAAACGACCAUGGCUGCAUUUUUCUUGCUUUUGUUGUUUCUGCUUUGUUUGUUCUUCUUAUAGUCGUUUUUUGUUUUAUUUUUGUCUGAAAAAAAAAAAAAAAGAGAAUAAGCCUUGAAAACAGUUCUGUCGCCUUUUUGAGGAACUUUGUUUUUGUAUUUUCUCAGCUAAACUAGCUACCCUGAAUUAUAUAUUUAUUUCCUUUUUCCCUGAAGAUGUAGCUAUAUACACAAAUGCAUUGAGUGACAUCUACGCACCUCCCCUCCUCAUCUGUUUUUGUGUGCAGACUAUGGAUGUCCUGUUGUUGCUGUCCUUCAUACACUGCCUGGCUCAUUUCGAGAGGGAAACCUACAUUUAAUGAGCCCUAUUUAAGCCCAAGACAUCUUAAAACCACAAGAUGGGACCAUUUUGUAUUGAUGACAUAUCAGACGUUGUCUUUUUUCCCCCCGCAAAGUUGGAAUGACUUUCCAUUUCCUUUUAUCAAGCAUUUGUUUUUCUUCUGGAGUAUAGAGGAACUGGUUAUCUAAAUUACAUUUUUACGCCUUGCAAAUUCAUAAAAGCUCCACCCUCAGAGUAUUUUUGUCAAUGUUGUUGUACAGGGACAUGCAAUAUUUGCAAAAAAAAGAUAAUUAUAAUCUUAAAAUCAAUGUGCCAAAAGUAACAAUGCUGUGUAAAUGACCUCUUAUAUAUGUGUGAAUAUUGGCUGUUCCUCUUUUCUAUCCAUUGGAGUAUUGGCUGCUCGGGUUGGAGACUCCUUACAGAGACUUGCAACUACAGGAAUUCUUUAUUUGAGACUUUUUUCUCUUCUCUGAUGAAAGGCACCAACAGCUGGCAGUGGUACACCACCACUCACUAAACCAAAUCAGAAAGACUCUGAAUUCUCCUCGUUUCCCCUACUUUGUUUGCCAAAUUCAAUUUACCUCAACAUCGCCUGGCACUGAGAAGCAACAAAAGAGAGGCAAAGAGGAGAUCUGCUCUGAAGGCUACAGUAGAGGAAGGAGAUGAAAAAAAGAUA